AUGGCGAACGGUACUUUAUUAUUAUUAUUGACGGGUUCUCCUCUUUCUUUCUUUCUUUCUUUCUUUCUUUCUAUUUGCAUUAGUUCUUUCUUUCUUUUCCCUGUUCUCAAGUUCAUCUCCUUUUUCUUUCUUUAUUUUUUCUUUCUUUCUGUCUUUCAUUCUUUUUUCAUUUCCUGUUUUUCUUUCUUUCUUUCUUUAUUCCGUUCUUUCUUUUUACUUUCUGUCUUCCGUUCGUUCUUUAUUUCUUUCUUUUUCCUGUUUCUUUCUUUCUUUCUUUCUUUCUUUCUUUCUUUCUUUCUUUGUCUUGCAUUCUUUCUUUCAUCUUUCUUUCUAUCUUUCUUUCUUUAUGUCUUGCAUUCUUUCUUUCUUUUUUCUUUCUCUUUUUUAUUCUUUCUUUCUUUCUUUCUUUCUUUCUUUCUUUCUUUCUUUGAUUAUUUCUUUCUUUCUUUGGAAUCUCCUUUACUUCUAAGGUUCUCAGGUCCACUCCACUCUUUUUUGGGUUUGUUUUUGUUUUUCUUUCUUUCUUUCUUUCUUUCUUUCUUUCUUUCUUUCUUUCUUUCUUUCUAUCUUUCUUUCUUUCUUUGUCUUGCAUUCUUUCUUUCAUCUUUCUUUCUAUCUUUCUUUCUUUAUGUCUUGCAUUCUUUCUUUCUUUUUUCUUUCUCUUUUUUAUUCUUUCUUUCUUUCUUUCUUUCUUUCUUUCUUUCUUUCUUUCUUUCUUUCUUUCUUUAUGUAUGUAUGUAUGUAUGCAUCCUUUCCUUAUUUCUUUAUAUCUGGCAUUCUUUCUUUCUUUCUUUUUCCUGUUUUAAUUUCAUUCUUUCUUUGCAAUCUCCUUCCCUUCUUCCUCAUUAUUUUACUCUUCUUUUUUUCCAAAUGUUCUUCCUCUAUUUCUUUCUCCACGCUACCAUUCAUACCUUUGUUUACAAAUACAUUCCAUAUACUUAUUUACUUUACUUUCCUCCUCAUAUUCCAAUUCCUCUUAUAUCGCUCUCUCUUGUUCCUUUUUUCGCUUUCUUUUUUCCUGCCUCCCAAAUCUUCGCUCGUUUUCCUCAACCAAUUCUCCUCCUGCUACUUUCAUAA